CAUCAGCUGUAGGCCUAAAUAUUCAAGGUUUUGGCGCGCGCUCUCCAUCCCAGCUCGCGCACAGUGGGACGGCGCGCCAAUCAAAAUCCCCGGCCGCUUCACGACGUUGCUAUUUAGACUGUUUCAGUUCUUACUGACCGACUGGAGGAGAAGAGGGGACAUAAGUUGUCUUUGGCACCAUGCAAAGUUUCAUCGGGAUCUCGCACUUCUUAUUGGCUCUUCUGCUGCAACUCAUACCUGCGCAGAUUUCACACCCCCCAGAAGAGGGUCAUUCAAAUGUAAUUGCGUUUCAGGAGGUGUGGGCGAAGAGCAUGUGUCGGCCCAUGGAGCAGUUAGUGGAUGUGGAGCAGGAGUACCCUGGAGAAGUGGAGUCCAUCUACAUGCCCGCUUGUGUCCCACUUUGGAGAUGCUCUGGUUGCUGUGGGGAUGAGAACCUGGAGUGCCAGCCUAUCCUGGAACGCAACAUCACUCUCCAGGUGUUAAGGAUUCGUCCCAUGAAAUCUAUGAAUCACGUGGAGCUCACGUUUGUGGAGCAUCAGAGAUGUGAAUGCAGAGCCCGGCUACUUCUAAAUAAUAAAAGCAGCGGUGAGUCUAUAAAGAACAGACCUCGGAGGAGGAAGCACAAGAAGACAGCAAACGGUUGUGGCAAGUGCCAGUUCCCCCAACACAAGAUAAAUCUUCAGUGAUUCACCUGUCUGUCCAAAGAUAUAUUUGGAGGAGUGACUUUGGUGUGGGGAACAACAGCACGUCUGUGAACUAAUCAUCUGACUAUUAAUCUUCUAUCUAUUAUUAUCUCUCCUCAUCCAUUGCAUCCAUCAAACAUCAGACUUUCCAUCCUAUACAUGACAUUGUUUUUCUCUUUUGAUUAAUUAUUGAAGCAAACAAAUGUAUCUACAGACCUCUUUAACUGUAACUGCUGUUUUUUUCAUGGGCCAAAAUCAACUUCAAUUUUGAUAAAAAAAAAAAAAUCAAGAUGCUUUUGUGUGUGGAUUUAAAGAAGAAAUGGGAUACAGCAGAUUAGGGGUUGGUAUAGGAGAUAACAUGGAAUGCUGCCAGGGGAAAGGAUUAAUCCUGACGUGUUCAAGGUUAACUGACAGAUCAAUGGCAACAUUCACGCACAGUGUGGAGACUUCAUGACUUCAUCUUCAUUGUAACUUCUGUCGAUUGACUCUUCAUAAUCAUAAUAUGUGACUUUUUUAAGUGUUGUUUACUGUCUUUGGACAUAAGUUCAUGAAAUAAAAUUCACUUCCAAAUA